AUCACAUGCUUGGAUGUUUGGGAGUGAAAGAAGGCGUGCUGCUAUCUUCGCUUUUCUUCUUUUUAAGUGUUGUACUCUCUACGUUCGCAGCAAACGCAAGAGAUGGAGGAGAACAUUGCUACCGAUUGUAUAGUGAUAGAUGACCAUGAACAAGGUUAUGACCUUGAUUUGUUCUGUAUUCCAAAGCACUAUAUUGAAGAUUUAGAAAGGGUUUAUAUUCCUCAUGGACUUAUCAUGGAUAGGACCGAGAGACUGGCUCGGGACAUAAUGAAGGAUAUGGGAGGACACCACAUCGUCGCACUUUGUGUGUUGAAAGGUGGCUACAAAUUCUUUGCAGAUCUUUUGGAUUAUAUCAAGGCACUGAACAGAAACAGUGACAGGUCUAUCCCCAUGACUGUAGACUUCAUCAGACUGAAGAGUUACUAUAAUGAUCAGUCAACGGGAGAUAUAAAAGUGAUUGGUGGAGAUGAUCUUUCUUCACUGGCUGGCAAGAAUGUCUUGAUAGUGGAAGAUAUAAUAGAUACCGGGAAAACAAUGCGAACACUGCUUGCAAUGCUUAAGAACUACAACCCACAGAUGGUGAAAGUUGUCAGUUUAUUGGUGAAAAGAACUCCUCGAAGUGUCGGUUACAGACCAGACUACAUAGGAUUUGAAGUGCCUGACAAGUUUGUGGUUGGCUAUGCCCUUGAUUAUAAUGAAUACUUCCGAGAUCUAAAUCAUAUCUGUGUAAUUAAUGAAAACGGAAAGUUAAAGUAUAAAGCAUGAGAUCAUCCCUUGUGUGUAUUGGCAGAAUAUGGGAUAAUGUGUUACUUGUGGAGCUGGAUUCGACAUGAGAAGCUAAUUUCUGCCAGUCAAAUGGAAUACUGAAGAUGUACUGCAGUCUUCAAUUUACACAUUUUUUAUUACGUUCCAAAUUUAAAUUCAUUGAAGUGAUGCACUACUCUUAAUCCUGAUAAAAAUUGUUUUAGUAGGUUAAUUUUUCUGUUCUCUGAAACUAUUUUUGUAAUAUAUUGGAAUAAUGUAUGCACGUAUGUGUAUUCACGUAAUAUGUACACACACACACACACACACACACAGCAUUUGAAUUUGAACUGCUAGUACUACAUAAAUUAUGUGGUGUACAGCAAACUGUAACUGCUUAAGUAGCUCCUCUGGAAGAAGCAGGUUAAUCAGUAUUAGUUCUCCCUUUAGCUACGUGAUGCCCUUGUCAGAAAAUUACAUGUAUGUUUCCAAAACUUAAGUUCCUUCUAAAGUACAAAGAAGGGCAGUAGGAUGUAUUACACCAGGUGUGGAGCAUAGUCUGGCUUUGCACUUUGUUUUUUUAAUUAUUUAUUUUAACUGCUGCUGUUCUGUUGUCAGACUGAAUUUUUUUAACUUACAAGCUUGUGGCUUCAAUAGUAUACAUUUCCCAAUUUUCUUAGCAGUGUUAUAGGUUGAGAGUUACAGGACUGAAUAAGGACAUUGAUUUACAGUUAUUUAAAAAAAUAAACUCCGUUUUGGUGAGCUGAAAGAAUUAUACCUGCAACUAAGUGUAAUUUCCAAACAUUACUGUAAUUCUGAUUUUUGGUACUUUUUGUGUGUAAGAAAAAAUAAAGGUUCUGAAUUUAGAAACUGA